AUGGAGGGGAGGGGGCGUGAAACGACGCUAAUGGCGUGCGAGAUGGCCCAUCAGCCACCUGAACUGUCUCAUAGUCAUAGAGGCAAGGUUGUGUUGGCAAACAUGGUCCCUCAUGGGGACAAUGGUCCUAAUCUUUCCAUAUGGUCAGAGAAACAUGCAGGCAUAUACUAUUGUAUGUAUGCUACUAGGUACUUGAGGUUAAUUGUAAAAACUGUCACAGCAUUAAGAUUCAAUAUUGGAUGGAGGCCAGGCAUGGAAACAGCAAUUCUGGGCCAUGCUCUAUCAGAGUAUCAAAUGAUUGGAUUCAUGACUAGUAAAUGUCAGAUCCAAAUUGCAUUCUUUGUAAUUGGUAACACAGGCAUGACCCACAAAACACUUAUAACCAAGCAUCCCACCCACCCAACUUUCCCUAUGAUGCUAAAGGGUGGUCCUAAAAUUAUACAAAAAGGAAAGGUAGCUUGGUGCAUGAAUCUUCCAUCAUUGCAAGGUCCGGAGGAAUUUAGAUGUAUCAACCUCACACUGCAUGCCAAAAAAACUAUUUUCAUGGCUCAAACCGUGACGUCUAAGUAA